GAUCGGCGGCCAGUCGCUGGUAGUCUCUGUGUGUGUGUGAUGUCCCGGUGCCCUGGCUGUCUCCGACACAGCGGGAGAGGGCAAGGCGAAAGGGAAGCGGGAGAAGAGGCAGGCAGCCCGGCUCAGCCAGCAGCUUGAGAGAGCAGAGGCAGCGGGGUUUGACAGCAGCAGCAGCAGGAGCAGAGGGGGAAGAGGAGUUCAGUUCCUGAGCCGCAUUUCUCCCCAAGUCAAUGGAGCUGGAGAAUAUAGUCGCCAACACGGUCUUGUUAAAAGCCAGAGAAGGUGGCGGCGGAAAGCGCAAGGGUAAAAGUAAAAAGUGGAAAGAAAUAUUGAGGUUUCCUCAUGUGAGCCAAUGUGAAGAUCAAAGGAAAUCAAUAGAGAGAGACUAUUCCAGUCUGUGUGAGAAGCAGCCGAUUGGAAGAUUACUUUUUCGUCAGUUCUGUGAAGCACAGCCUGAACUUCAGCACUACAUCGAUUUUCUUGACCUAGUGGCAGAGUAUGAAGUUAUGCCAGAUGAAAAACGUGAGGAAAAAGGACAAGAAAUGAUCAGUAAAUACCUCACCCCAGAGUCCCCAGGAUAUAUACGAGAAGUCAGCGAGGAUAUUGUCCAGCAAUGUAAAGAGAAACUUGAAAUGAGUGCGUGCAAAGAGCUGUUCUGUAACUGUGUAAAGUCAGUGCACGAUUAUCUCAGUGGACAACCAUUUAAUGAAUACCAGGAAAGCAUGUAUUUUGAUCGUUUUCUGCAGUGGAAGUGGCUGGAAAGACAAGCUGUAACGAAAAACACAUUUCGGCAAUAUCGAGUACUGGGAAAAGGUGGCUUUGGUGAGGUCUGUGCUUGUCAAGUGCGAGCCACAGGGAAAAUGUAUGCUUGUAAGAAGUUAGAGAAAAAGCGAAUAAAAAAACGAAAAGGAGAGGCGAUGGCUUUAAAUGAAAAGCAGAUUUUAGAAAAAGUAAACAGUAGAUUUGUAGUUAAUUUAGCUUAUGCUUAUGAAACAAAGGACGCACUGUGCUUAGUUCUGACUUUAAUGAAUGGGGGUGACUUGAAGUUCCACAUCUAUAACAUGGGAAACCCAGGAUUUGAAGAAGAGCGUGCUGUAUUUUAUGCAGCUGAGAUCUGUUGUGGCCUGGGGGAUCUCCAUAAGGAAAACAUUGUUUACAGAGAUUUGAAGCCUGAAAACAUAUUAUUGGAUGAUUAUGGUCACAUUAGAAUAUCUGAUCUGGGUUUAGCUGUGAAAAUUCCAGAAGGAGAAACCAUUCGUGGUAGGGUGGGAACAGUAGGGUAUAUGGCUCCAGAAGUGCUAAAUAAUCAGCGAUAUACAUUGAGCCCUGAUAUUUGGGGUCUGGGAUGCUUAAUCUAUGAAAUGAUUGCUGGUCAGUCUCCAUUUAGAGGACGAAAGGAGAAAGUGAAAAGGGAAGAAGUAGACAGACGAGUGUUGGAAACAGAAGAAAAUUACACAGACAAAUUCUCUGAAGAGGCAAAAUCUAUCUGCAAGAUGUUGCUAACCAAAGACCCCAAGCAAAGAUUGGGAUGUGCAGGAGGAGGUGCUUCCGAUGUGAAGAAAAACCCAUUCUUCCGGAAUAUCAAUUUCAAACGAUUAGAAGCAGGCAUAAUGGAGCCUCCAUUUGUACCUGAUCCACGAGCAGUCUAUUGCAAAGACGUGCUGGACAUUGAACAGUUCUCCACUGUGAAAGGAGUAAACCUGGACCAGACAGAUGAUGAUUUCUAUUCAAAGUUUUCGACAGGCUGUGUUUCUAUUCCCUGGCAGAAUGAGAUGAUUGAAACAGAAUGUUUUAAAGAAUUAAAUGUGUUUGGUCCAAAUGGAAGCUUAUCUCAAGACCUUGACAGGAGCUACACCCCUGAACCACCCAAAAAGAGUCUGCUUCAAAGGCUAUUCCGGAGGCAGAAUCAUCAUAGUCAUUCAAACAGCACUACAAAUGUGAAGGCCCAUUCCAAUCAUCACAUGAAUUGCCAUCAAGCUAAUUCAAACUCUGGAGGAAAUAGCUAGUCCUCAGCUCAUCGAUCGUGUGGUGAUUCUUUGUAUUCUUCAGCUUUUCCCAUUUUCUGGAACUAUUUAGCGGGAAAGCACCAGUUCCUGGUAGGGUAUUCAUUCCACACGACAGAGCCGCUCCAUUUUUGUUGGUCUAGCUGCCUCACUUCCUCUCAGGUCUGUCUUGCAGGUUGGGAUCAUGACAUUUGAAACAAGGUGGUGUCUCCUUAGAAUAUUGCAAUAGCAAAUCAAUGAAAAUGGUCACUUGCACGUAUUUAAAUAUAGCAUUAUACCAGAACUGUAUUUUGUCUUUAUUAAAACAAAAAGGUUUUGUAAAUUUCUCUAUAA